CCAUUGAACAAUGAAGAGAGUUCAAAUUGGUUUUCUCGUCCUAUGCCUCUGGUACACUACUUGAUGUACCUCCUUACUUAUAAGGUCUACCGUGAGGUGAUUUCUAAGAUGAGCGAAGACAACAUUAAGAAGAGACAUAUACUUGAAGCACUUAAGCAUGGCACUGCUUUUGUCUGCAAGCAGAAUCAGCAGGGGACAGACUUGAUUAUUCCUUUGGUAUUGGACAUUGGGAUUCAUGACCCUAUCACAUUAGACAAUAUUUCAUACGUUCUGGUCUCUGUGAAGAAUUAUCAAAAAAGCACAGAUACUAACUACUCCAACAAUGCAACAAGCAUGAAUUUACCAUCAAAUGUCAGAACAGAACAAUUAUCCACCUUGCUGUUCCUAUCAUUAUACAUGCAAUUUGGUGCUAACAUGUCAGGUGUAGAUGAAGAAUAUCACUUCCCACAAAAACGGAAAUGGGAGUCUAAUGUCAAAGAUAAUGAAGUGAACAACAGUGAUGAGCAUACAUACAGACAUUGCUAUCAGUUUGCAGUCAGAUUAUUUGGUCUCACUGCAUAUGAUUUUCUGCAGGAAAAUGACAGCGGGAAUCAGUUGCUGAACACU